AUGGAUUUGCAUUACGAGUAUGCGCGUGACUAUGCUCAGUUCCCCAUAAUUUUCUUGGAAAACGGUCUUAUUGGCAGUUCUUUUUUUUUUGAGGUCGCAGCCGCUUACGCAACUGUCCGUGCUUCAUGUGGUUUGGCUCGACUACAGCUGAUUAUUGUGCGCCCGGUCGCGAACGUAGAGUGUGCAUGGUUGGCGCGUUUCAGCGAAGUUCUCAACAUAGUCAAUUUCGUGAGCGUACGCACUUGA